AUGGAUGAUUCUUUAUCUUCGCAUCAAGGAAACAUUUCAAGUGACACUUCAAGUAGCACUCCAACUGAGCCAAUUGAAGAAUCAGUGGGACAAAAAAAGAAAAUGUACAACCAGUGGACUUCCACCGAAACCAAGUGCUCCAAGGUCCGAGGUGGUAGUAGUCAGCUUGUGGCGGUUGGGUUUAAUCAAGAGGCUUGUAGGAGGGCAACUGUUAAGAUGAUUAUUUUAGAUGAAUUGCCAUUUUGUUUUGUGGAUGGGGAUGGGUUUAAACAAUUCUGUAUUGUUGCUUGUCCAAAGUUUAUUAUCCCUUCACGAAGAAUAAUCACAAGAGACGUAGUUGAAUUGUUCAUGAAAGAAAAAGCUUUAUUGAAGAGUGUGAUUAGUGAGUCAAGGUUGCACAGAAAAAUUAUCAGUUUUAAACCAAUUUCUGAUCAUAAAGGUGAAACAUUUGCAAAAGAACUUGAGAAUUGUUUGAUUGAUUGGGGCAUUACCAAAGUUUUUACUAUCACAGUUGACAAUGCAUCUGCUAAUGAUAGUGCACUUAGGAUUUUCAAAACUAAAGUGAGGUGUUGGAGAGAGGAUCCUUUGAUACUGGGUGGAGAGUUUUUGCAUGUGUGUUGUUGUGCACAUAUUUUAAUUUUGAUUGUGAAGGAUGGUUUGGCAGUGGUGGGUAAUAGUGUGGUUAGUGUUCGUAAUGCAGUGAAGUAUGUGAGAUCUUCCAAUUGUAGAUUUCAAGCAUUUCAAAUUCGUGCAGAGCAAGAUAACCUAAGUAGAGGGAGUUUGAUUUUGGAUUGCAAUACUAGAUGGAAUUCUACUUACCUCAUGUUGACUGCAGCUUUCAAGUAUAAGGCAGCAUUUGAUCGAAUGGCUAAUGAAGACAAGUUGUAUGAUGAUUACUUUAAAGAGGAUGAAAAUGGAAAGAGAAAGUUUGGGCCGCCAUCAUCAAUUGAUUGGGAGAAUGUUCGGCGAUUGGUACAAUUUUUAAAAAUCUUUUCUGAUGCCACUUUGUCUUUUUCUUCAUACAAAACUGUGACAUCUAGUCAUUGUUUUGAUGAUAUAUGCACAAUUGAAGUUAAUUUGAAUGUUUUCAGUACUAGUAAAGAUGUGAAUAUGAGUGGCAUGGCUUUGGAAAUGAAGAAAAAGUUUGAUAAGUAUUGGGAGGGGUCUGAGAUAAAUAAAUUGUUGAUUGUUAGUAGUGUGUUGGAUCCGAGGAGCAAGAUGAGUUUUGUGACAAUUUUUUUUGAAAAAUUGUAUGGGAAAGAUACACCAAAGUGUAGUGAAAUGAAAGAAGCAGUAGUGGAUGUCAUGCGUAAGUUGUAUGAGGUAUACAGUGCAUUUUAUGCUAAACCAAGUGCAACUACAAGUCAAAGUGGUGGUGGAAGUGAAAGUGGAUGUGAGAGUAUAUGUGCAACAAACAUCAAAUGA